AUGGAGACAUCAGUGUCCUGCAAGUCUUCCUCUGACCAAAGCAGCAACCAAACACAUUUCCAUGUGUGCAGUCCAGUGCCACCUUCUCAACUAACGGCGCCCAUACAACGUCAGCGGGCUUCUCUGUCUCUGUUUCUGCUGAACAACGCACUAGUGAGGUCCAACAACACCAUUACUGGCAGUGACAGUCCUUCAUCAUUCAGUGGGUCGCUCGUCCACUCAGUGGUGGCUGGUCUGCUCAUAGUCACAGAAACCCAGAAGUGUGGUACGUCUCUCUCCACUGGAAGGGCCCCACCUACCCCACCAGAGAAGUUUGGGACGUCUCUCUUAACUGGAGGGGCUCCACCUGCACGACCAGAGGAGUUUGGCACUUCUCUCUCCAAAAGAGGGGCUCUACCUGCCCCACCAGAGGAGUUUCAGUCUUCUCUCUCCACUGAAGGGGCUCCACCUGUCCCACCAGAGGAGUUUGGAACGUCUCUCUCCACCGGAGGGGCUUCAACUGCCCCACGAGAGGAGUUUGAGACGCCUCUCUCCACCGGAGAAGCUCCACCUGCCCCACCAGAGAAGUUUGAGACGCCUCUCUCCACCGGAGGGGCUCCACCUGCCCCACCAGAGGAGUUUGAGACGCCUCUCUCCACCGGAGGGAGGAGUUUAGGACGCCUCUCACCACUGGAGGAGCCCCACCUGCCCCACCUUAGGAGCUUGGGACGCCUGUCUCCAGUUAAGGGGCUUCACCUGCCCUACCAGAGGAAGGAGUCUGACGCGUCUUUCUCCACUGGAGGGGCUCUACCUUCCACACCAGAGGAGUUUGGGACGUCUCUCACCACUGGAGGGGCACCACCAGCCUCACCAGAGGAAUUUGGGACGGCUCUCUCCACUGGAAGGGCUCCACCUGCCCCACCAGAGGAGUUUGAGUCCUCUCCACUGGAGGAGCUCCACCUGCCCCACCAGAGGAAUCUCCACCUGCGAGGACCCUGCACCAGUGUCGCACUGCUUCAUUCGUGGGAGCAGAGCAUGGGAAGUACUUCCACCUUGCGCUUCCCGGUCUGUAGUUGGUUGCUCUGUUUGCACGACGUGCCCGCCAAGGUUCCGGCUCUGGCCCCGGCGCCAGGCUCUAGGUCGGCCCGUGUUAAGAAAGGGAGAUGGAUGCCAAACCCCUGGGACGUGACCACCAGGGCAGAGAGAGGGAGGAGGAGCCGGGACAGCCAGGAAUCCCAGCAGGAUGAGGAACAGGAGCGAACGAUGGAGACAGAGAUGGAGGGAGGCUGCCCUGCCAUCAACACCGUCACAACACACCAUCGCUACCGCAACACAACGUGUACGCUGCGAGACAUACAAACGGGAGGAGAAACUUAG